CCGCUGCCCGGCGCACCAAUAGCGCUGCCGCGGCCAGCCUCUUCUUCUCCAGCCAUUGGUGCUUCAGGCCGCUCGGCUCCACCCCAGCCCGCCAUGGCGUCAGCCGCCGCAACCCGGGGGAGGAGGUUCCCACUUUAAGAAGUGAAGUUUUCCUCCCCCUCCCCCUUCUGCCCACCUCCUGCCGCCUCCCGCGCCCCACGGGGCUGCGGAUGGAGCUCCACCGCGGCGGCGUGGGGAGCCAGGCUGCGAGCCGGAGGAUGGAUGGGGACUGCCGAGAUGGCGGCUGCGGCAGCAGGGACGCAGGGUCGGAGGACUACGAGAACCUACCGACUAGUGCCUCGGUGUCCACCCACAUGACAGCGGGAGCGAUGGCCGGGAUUCUGGAGCACUCCCUCAUGUACCCGUUGGACUCCGUGAAGACACGAAUGCAGAGUUUGAACCCAGAUCCCAGAGCCCAGUAUACAAGCAUCUAUGGCGCCCUCAAGAAGAUCAUACAAACGGAAGGCUUCUGGAGGCCCCUGCGGGGCCUGAACGUGAUGAUAAUGGGCGCAGGGCCCGCACAUGCCAUGUAUUUUGCCUGCUACGAAAACAUGAAAAGGACUUUAAAUGACGUUUUCAGCCACCAAGGAAACAGCCACCUCGCUAAUGGGAUAGCUGGGAGUAUGGCCACCCUACUCCACGAUGCAGUCAUGAAUCCAGCAGAAGUGGUGAAGCAGCGUUUACAGAUGUACAACUCGCAGCACCGGUCAGCCCUCAGUUGUAUCCGGACGGUGUGGCGGACCGAGGGGUUGGGGGCCUUCUACAGGAGUUAUACCACCCAGCUGACCAUGAACAUCCCCUUCCAGUCCAUCCACUUCAUCACCUACGAGUUCCUGCAGGAGCAGGUCAACCCUCUCCGGAACUACAACCCCCAGUCUCACAUCAUCUCAGGAGGCCUGGCCGGUGCGCUGGCUGCAGCUGCCACCACCCCGCUGGAUGUCUGCAAGACCCUCCUCAACACGCAAGAGAACAUGGCGCUCUCCCUGGCCAAUGUCAAUGGCCGGCUGUCGGGCAUGGCCAACGCCUUCAGGAUGGUAUACCAGCUCAACGGCCUCACUGGCUAUUUCAAAGGUCUCUACGCACGAGUCAUCUACCAGAUGCCUUCCACCGCCAUCUCCUGGUCCGUCUAUGAGUUCUUCAAGUAUUUCCUUACGAAGCGGCAGCUGGAGAAUCGAACUCUGUACUAAAGGAACGGGCAGUGGGAAGUGGUUCCAGCAUCUUUUGUUCCUGCCUCAUCCCCUUGUCUUCACACCCAGGCCCUGUCCUACAGGGUGCUUGCGCCGGGCCCUUCAUUCCCUGGUGCCCUAGAAAGGGAAGGACCAGCCUCCACUGCUCAGAAGGCUGGCUGUGGGGACACCCCGGGUGGUGGUAGGUGGGGGAAACUUGGGAAGGUGAGUGAGAAGUUGCUUUUUCUCCUCCUUCCUUGAGAGGAAUGUAGCCUUUCUGCAUCCCUGUGGCCUCUUCCCUAGAUCUUUCGAUCACGCCGCAGAGGAGAGCAAUGACCCAGUAAGAAGAGUUCAUAUACAUAAAAGGACCAUUACCCAGUCUAAAAUAGGUGGAUAAUGUUUAUCCUUUAUUUUUCUACAUAGAGAUUUUUGAAAUUGUGUGUGCUUGUGUGUGUGUCCAUAAAUAGUAUUAGAGUUGGGAUGAUAUACCUGUUUUUGUUUUUGUUUUUUUAAUAAGAGAGUUGAAUUCUUCCGCCAUAAGAAGUAAAACAGAACAAAACAAAACAGGAAAAAAGGCAACAAAGUAAUAAACGGCUUGCCUUGGCCUGGAGUUGUGUACAGCACCCCUCUCAAGGGAGUUUAACUUGAAUGUAAAAAUAAUAAAUACAAAGUUUAUAUUUUGAAUUUUCUCUUUUCAUGGGGGAAAAAGGUACGUUGAAAACAAGUCAAAAUAAUGAUCUAUCACUUGGAGCUUUUUUUU